AUGGUGCACUUGACUUGUGUGGCUCAUCGUUGCACGCCACUUUUGAAAAUAAUCUUACAUUGGAUCUGUAAACAAUCAACUCAACUGAGUGCUUAUUCUUUAUCUGGAUAUGGACUUAAUGAUGCAUUUGAUAAAUCUGUGGCACACCUUGAAAAUCUUCCUCACAUCAAUAAUGCAGAUUUAUUGACUGGAAAAACUGAAAUCGAACACCCAUGUUUACAUACUGGUUACAGAGAGCAGAACUCGUGCUCACAAUGUUCAUCCGUCCGGCUAAAAGAUGGAAACUCUCCUACUGAGGGAAAAAGCUUAAAUGAAAAAGGGAAAAAGCCUGGGGUAGCCCGAAAUGGGAUGAAUGUACUGCGCUCGCAAAAGUCGCCGUUAAUCUAUCUGAAUGGUCAAAUCUUGAGCCAGGACUCGAUUGUGAGCUACAGCCAUAGGGCGUAUGUCCCACUUUUCAGGCAUAACAGCGGGGCAACUAAUUCAGUGCUCAAUAUCCCGUCUCCUUUCAGAUUUCAGCGAUGGAGUCCUAUCAAUGCAGAAAUGGAGGAUCUAAAUGGUGAUGAUGCUCAUUCGAAUCCUAUGACUGAGUCGACACAUUUCAACAAGGGUGUUCGUAAAAAGAGGGGCCCAAAGCAACACGCCGGGGAUAAAAAGAUUAACAUAUCCUUUGAUUGUCAUUUGAAGCCAAAUGAACCAACCAAAGAGAUCUGCGAUGGCUUUACUAGUUAUGUCGGCGUUUUAGCUCGGACCAAAGUUAGCAUCUUAGCAAAUAAUUGGGAAAAAGAUGUGCCACAAAAGAUUAAAGAUCAAAUUUGUGAAACUCUAUUGGAGACAUUUGAGAUGCCCAAUGAUAAAAAAACUGAAAGAAAAAUGGUUUAGAUAUGCUCGGGGACGUUAGAGAGUUUUCAAGACCAACCUCAAUCGGUACAUUGGAGAACUACAGGGUGAGCUCCCAUAUGUUGAGGACUACGUGUUUCUUUAAUGAAGAUACUUGGGAGGCUUAUGUCGCAUCACGUCAAACUCCCGAAUUUUUGGAUUCUUUGGAUGAACAAUCCUCCCGGUAAAUUUCAAACCUAGUCGUCGAAAUGAUAUUCUUGCGGUGGCAAUAGGAAAGCCAGAGCAUCCUGACUAUGUGAGGGGAGUUGGACAGGGCAUAGGUAUUAAGGCCAUUUGGAUGAUCAAAUCGUCCUUGUACAAAUGUAGGAAUGAUUUCAUAGGAGGAGUUAGAGGUUAUCAUAAAGAGUAGGUGAAAGCGGAGGUGAUGAGGAUGAUGGUUGGUUCUCAAACGGACACUGCACCUGACUCUCCAAUAGUGUCGAGCACAAAAGGAAGUUACCCUCUAGCUUUGAAUGUGCAAAGAGAUGUCGUGUAAUAUGAGUUGUAUGUGGAGGAUCUCCAAAGGCAAUUAGUGGUGUAUGGUCGCCUUCACAACUUGGGGUCAACCAUACACCAUCGAGAGAUGAAUGAUGCUGAAGUAAGGUUUGUGGUGUCACGCAUUAUAUUUGGAGAUGCUCGUGUUCCAUACUCGACAGAUGAGGUAGGUUUUGUGAGAGAUGUUCCAAAUCAAUUCAUUGUUUGGCCUAGAAAGUUAGUGGUGCAAGUUAUAAAGGUAAAUAAAAUUCUUAUAAAUAUAUUGUAAAAAUGUUCUUAUAUAUGCAUUUAAUAUAAAUGUUGUUGUGGUGUUAUGGUUUAAUUUUAUAUAGGAAGUCAGUCGAGAAAAUCAAAUGAAUCUGAAACCCAAGAUUGAUGUGAUAAGAGCUAUGUGGAAUGCGACACUUGACAUUACAAAACCAGUUCAUAUAUUGUUGGGAGCUAUAUGUUAACAAC